AUGGAUACACCGUUGCGAGAGCGCGCCCAGGCGGUGGUGGAGCGCCUCCAGCCCAAGGCCAACUCCCGGCGCCGUAGCGGCGCGCAGACGCCGGCGGAGCCCGCCUCCCCGGUCGACGAGAACGCCCUGAUCGAGCUCAAGAACAUCGCCCGGACAAACCCGCAAGAAGCGCAGGUGUGCUACGCGCUCCUCAUGGACGCCCUGGGCCGGCGGAGCGUCGGGAUGCGCAGGGCGGCGCUCUUCGCGCUGUCAGAGCUCGUGCGCCGGUCGCGCUCCGUCCGGGCCCUUGCAGCCGAGCGCAUGACCGACAUUGUGCGCGUGGCGGUGACGGAGACCUCGACGCUGCUGGUCGGACCGGAGGCGGCGCGGCGGCAGCUGCGCGCCGAGGGCGUCGCGGCGGUGCUGGCGUGGGCGGAGCGACACGGCGAGCAGCACCGCGAGUUCGUGAUCGCGGCGCGCCAUCUGCGGGCCAAGGGCGAGGACGUCGCGCGGCCGGACCCGGAACAGCAGCGGGCGCGACAGUUCGAGGAGGCGCGGCGGGGCAGGCUGCGGAGGGAGCUGGACAACGCGGUGAUGAUCGCGGAGACGUUCGAGGACCGCACUGCCGCGGCCGAGGCCAGGGCGGCGGCGCUGUGGGACGCCGCACGCGCGCUGGCGCCGCCGCCGCCGCCCGCGCAACACGAAGGUGCCGGCUCCCGAGGCCAGUCGCCGGCAUCGUCCGGCAGCAGCUCCGACGAGGACGAGCCGCGUGCGUCGCGCCGGGACGCGCCGUCACGGGACGCUGGCGGUGCGUGCGGAGCGGCACACUUGGCGGCGGCGCUGCGGGCCGUGCCGGAAGCGCGCGUGCGCGAGCUGCGGCGCGACGUGCGGAUCCUGGCGGCGUCGCUCGAGGACCAGCUGAUCGCGCAGACGGAGAGUUGGCUGGGGCUAGUGCAGCGGCUCGGGAGCGAGUGGCUGCAGGGCGAGGGCGCCAGGCAGCAGUUGGACCUGGGCGAGCGGGCGCUAGACUGGAAACUUCGACUGCUGGCGACGCGCGAGUCCGUGGGGGAGCUGCGCGACGCCCUAGGGGAUGCUUUGGAGGCGGAGGGGCUGCGGGGACGGGAGGCGCGGCCCGAGGUGGCGGCGGGCCUCCAGAGCCCUGAGCGCGCAGUAGAGGUGGUCGAUGGACUCGAGUUCGAGGAUGCUUGA